AUGUUCAAGAUUCUACGUCCAAGAGCGCUGUCUAUCGGUCAGCGAUAUAACGCUCGGAAUGCCUCAACAAAUGAAGCUAGAAAUGAUGAGAUAAAGUAGGUUUCUCUUCAUUUAUGCAGUUUGGUUUAGUCAAAUGGAUCUGUUGAAACGGCGAAUGCAAAGCGAAAAGCCCAAACAAAGCAGUAAAGGACGGUAUUGGCAUGAAGAAGUAAUUGCUGGACAAGUCAGGCGGUGGAAUUACAGAUCAGAGUUUGUGGAUCGCCUAGGUCUCGACAAACCUCACACCAAAAUAUGGCUUUCAUUCGGAGUCAUUAUUGUUAUCGGCUUCAGUCUGUUUGUCACGGUAAAGUCACAAGUCAUCGAAAAUAGAAAGGAGCAAAUGCAAGAGCGGCAACGAAUAACCAAGGAAUUAUCUGGUAAAUUCGGUAUUGUUAAUUAG